AUGAGGAGAGAGGAGGCGCAGGGAAGGAGGCACAGAGGAGAAGGCCCAGGGGUGGAUGCCCCGGGGAGGAGGCCCAGGGGAGGAGGCCCAGGGGAGGAGGUCCAGAGGAGGAGGCCCAGGGGUGGAUGCCCCAGGGAGGAGGCCCAGGGGAGGAGGCCCAGGGGAGGAGGUCCAGAGGAGGAGGCCCAGGGGUGGAUGCCCCGGGGCGGAGGCACAGAGGAGGAGGCCCAGGGGAGGAGGCCCAGGGGAGGAGGUUCAGAGGAGGACGCCCAGGGGUGGAUGCCCCGGGGAGGAGGCGCAGGGAAGGAGGCACAGAGGAGGAGGCGCAGGGAAGGAGGCACAGAGGAAGAGGCCCAGGGGAGGAGGUCCCGGGGAGGAGGUUCAGGGGAGGAGGUCCAGAGGAGGAGGCCCAGGGGAGUAGGAGGCCCAUGGGAGGAGGAGGCCCAGGGGAGGAGGAGGCCCAGGAGAGUAGGAGGCCCAUGGGAGGAGGAGGCCCAGGGGAGGAGGAGGCCCAUGGGAGGUGGAGGGCCAGAGGAGGAGGACUGA